CAUGGAGGACAUUCGAUGAAAUAUGGAGAUUAAGGAUGUAAUCUCAGUUUCUGUCAGUUUAUGAGGGAAGCGCAGUCUUCGAUCUCUUUCUUUCCGAUAAAGCCAAUGUCAGAGAUAAUUAGUCAUUCUUUUUCUUCUUCAUAAGUGUGAUUAUAAGGUUUCUAAAAUGCAGAAACCUACCAGCGCUCGCUCGGAGUUUAUCGUUGGAGGGAAAUAUAAAUUGCAGCAGAAAAUAGGCAGUGGGUCUUUUGGUGAUAUCUACAAAGGAUUGAAUAUUACAAAUGGCGAGGAUGUGGCAGUUAAACUUGAAUCCCAAAAAGCAAGACAUCCACAACUGUUGUAUGAGUCUAAGCUCUAUAAGAUAUUACAAGGAGGAAAUGGUAUUCCUAAAUUUAGAUGGUAUGGUCAAGAGAGAGAUUACAAUGUGUUAGUGAUGGAUUUGUUAGGACCCAGCUUAGAAGACCUUUUUAAUUUCUGCAAUAGGAAGUUUACAAUGAAAACAGUUCUCAUGUUAGCUGACCAGAUGAUAGGUCGCAUUGAAUAUUUCCACAACAAGAAUUUCAUUCACCGAGAUAUUAAGCCAGACAAUUUUCUAAUGGGCACAAGCAGAUGCUGUAACAAGCUGUACAUCAUUGACUUUGGCUUAGCAAAGAAGUUUCGGGACAGUAAAACCAAGCAGCAUAUACCUUACAGGGAAGACAAGAAUCUCACAGGCACUGCUAGAUAUGCCAGCAUAAAUGCACACCUUGGAAUUGAGCAAUCACGCCGAGAUGACAUGGAAUCACUAGGAUAUGUAUUAAUGUACUUUGCCAGGAGCAGCCUUCCUUGGCAAGGACUUAAGGCUGCUACAAAGAAACAGAAGUAUGAAAGAAUAAGUGAAAAAAAGAUGUCCACACCAGUUGAAGUUCUUUGUAAAGGUUUUCCUGCAGAGUUUGCCAUGUAUUUAAACUAUUGCAGAGGAUUAAAAUUUGAAGAGGCACCAGAUUACAUGUAUCUUCGCCAACUGUACAGAAUUCUGUUCAGGACGUUGAACCACCAGUAUGACUACACAUUUGAUUGGACACUUCUGAAACAGAAUGUAGGCCAACAAUCUGCUGUUCCAAUGAGUGCAGGGGCUACAGCUCUACCAGGAACAGCCCCACCACAAACAACCAGUGCAAGACAUAAACAACGCACACAACAAAGAAGAUAGGUGCACAUCAUUAAUUUGCAUUUGAAUUUCUAAACUGAAAAAACAUCUCAUUUUAAAAUGAAGGAAAAGUGGGAAUGAGUGAUUCAGUGAUGAGUAGAUAAAUUGUACACAACCGGUAGCAUUUGGAUCCAUGAGUGAUACGGUAUCACCUUUAAUUCACUUUACAAAAGUAAUGUAUACCUUCAUAGCAUCCUGUUAAGUUAAUUUCUUUUGUAACUUCUAACAUUUUAUAGCAAGUGUCCUAUUAUUUAAAGAUAGCUUUCAGAAACUAGUGUUGGUAAUGAAUUAAAUACUGUUUUGUACUCAGUUUCUUUGAACCUAUCCUUCACCAAAAACAAACAGAACAUGUUGAAGUCUGACUUCAUUUUCCCUACUCUUAAACUUGAACCAUGCCAAGCUGGCUUAACAAGUAUAUCACGACUAAAGCUGUGGAAACUAAGUAGACCUAGUCUUAGUUAUAAAAUGAAAAAUUUCUAAUCAAACAUGUUAAACUUGUGAAUUCCACAUAGCAGAAAAGUUCAUCCAAUUUGACUUCAAAAUUUACCCUAUGACUACUUUUGUCUAAGGUAAAGUUAUCAUUGUAGAGACAGAUGUAUUUUAGAAUGAUCUUGUGGUGGUUCAUCAGUUGAGUUAUGUCCCCAAGUUUGUUGACCACGCAACACCAAAAAAAUGUUUCCAGAAAUUGCACCUCAAUUUUUUUGCCUAGUUGACUUUUAACUUCGGAAAUCUAAUUCCACUCUUUAACAUUUGCUGUUUUGUCAUCACGUUUAACACGUACGUUCUGCCAACCUGAGCUUAAGUUAUUAAUGUUAAAGUUUUAAACAAACUCAGCCCUUCUCUUUAUAACACUUAUCUCAUUCUGUGUGUUUACUGCUUUUCCAUCAAACCAAUUUUCCCUAACCAAAAGAGCAGAAACAUCCAGUUCUUAACUUAUUCUAUGUUUCUUGGUAAAGAUAUCCAUCAAAAAUAAAAAAAUAUCAACCUCUUAGCUUUCCUCUAUAUGUUGUUUGGAGCUCUACAUGAGAGAAUUAAGUUGCCCGCCACAAGAACUACUCCAAAAGUCCAUACUUGAAUGGUCUACAUAUUUUAUCCACAAUUUUUUUUUUCGCUUGUGAGAAUAGCAACCCUGGAUUUCAAAUGAUAUUUAGUGCGUUAGUAAUUUAGGUCGUAGUGCAUGUACAGUUAUAGAAUAGUAUAUUCAAGUUCUUUGUAGCCUGGGGAUAACACACAGAUGUUUGCGUGUGCUGCACAAUGCAGAAGCAACAAUUUUUAUUUUGGUUGUUUUAUUAUUAGCUUUGUUUUGGGUGAAAAUGAUUUGAAUGAACAGUCAGAAAACGUUAUCGGAUUGAAUUUGUUUCACUUUGUAUUUAUUGUAAAGUUAGUUUUGAGAGUGGUAUGACUUAGAUAACUCUUUAACUCCCAUGGGUGAACAAGAUUGAAUUUCCUCUCACGUUAUCAGUACAAUAUCGAGCACAACAGUGAUAGGGAUAAAGAAAAACAACAAUCUAGGGAUUAUUGGUUGAUCCAAUACCGAGUUCUCAGAACUAACAUCAUAAGAAUUGUAUGACAGGCUGUAAGGAGAAUUACUUAUGAGAUCUUGGGAGUGAAAGGGUUACCAGCAAAAGUUGAUUAUAAUCGUAAAGCAAGGAGUUUGUAAAAAGUUAUUGAACUUAAAUUAGCUUGAAAAAUAUGCAAAGAAACUUUUAAAUCGUGCUAAAUAUAUGAACAUUGAUCUUAUUUUUUGGUGAAAAUGUAAAACCACUAGUUUUGUACUUAAACGAGUUGUUUUCGUUAAAGUUUCUUCCAUCGCCGCAUUCAGAGUCAUAAACACCUUAUUCUGUAGUUGGCUUAGUAGAUCUACGUUGUUUUCCGCUCAUAUAUCACUGUACAUCUUGUUUUUGUCAACUAUUAGCAGUCAGUCAGAUUAUUUUAUGAUGCUAACCUAACGAAGACGGACAUUGUAAAUAUUGCCUUCCACACAAAAAUGAAACGUAACUUGAAGAGUAAAUAAAGUUCCCGUUUUUAA